AUUGAAUCUCUAAGCGGCCAUUAGUGAUUACAGACCGGAGCAUCUGAUUAAGGUUUUAAUCAUGGCAGAACAGACGGAGAAGGCUUUUCUUAAGCAACCCAAGGUAUUUAUAUGCUCAAAAGUAUCAGGAAAGGGCAAGAGGCCAGGGAAGGGUGGAAACCGUUUCUAUAAGAACGUUGGAUUAGGAUUUAAGACACCCAGAGAAGCAAUUGAAGGUACAUAUAUUGACAAGAAAUGUCCAUUUACUGGCGAUGUUUCUAUCAGAGGCCGUAUUCUAUCUGGUACCUGUCACAGUGCCAAGAUGGUGAGGACCAUUGUUGUCCGCCGUAAUUACCUGCACUAUGUCAAGAAAUACCAGAGAUAUGAGAAGAGGCAUUCUAACAUACCUGCACAUAUUUCCCCAUGCUUCCGUGUCAAGGAAGGAGAUCACGUUAUUAUUGGUCAAUGCAGACCAUUGUCGAAGACAGUGAGGUUUAACGUAUUGAAGGUCAUCCCAGCAGGGUCUUCAACUGGUAGUGGAAAGAAGGCCUUUACAGCAAUGUGAGGUGUUUUUUUCGUACUUUUUUGACAAAUCGCGAGUGUUACCUAUAGGUUAUAAGGAGCUGAUUAGCUAGAUAUUAUGGUUUAGUUAUGUCAAAACAGUAUCCAGUAAAAAGUAUCUGUUUGGCGAUCACAUUCUUUUGAUCAUAUUUUUAUUUUAUAAGAGAGUUCUGUUCGUGCUAUCCUUCACAAUAUCGUUGUUAUUUUCUUAUAUCAUGAAGCAUUUUGGGAAAUUCUUACUC